UAGGCUACAGGCUUUCCUUUUGUCUGUGAAUAGACAUAUAACGAUCGAUCUGGCAUGGGGGACGUUGUCCACGGUCCACCACAACGUUGAACUAUGGUGUAGGGGAUGAACCCAUGCCUUCUCCUGUCGCAUUACGACUUGAAGAAAUUAGCAGAGCUACAAAUGUACAAUUGUGAUGAAUGGACAGACGUGCCGGGUUCUGCCAAGAGAUGGGAGGCGCUUUUCAAUCGAUGGCUUUAAUUACCGUCAAUGGUGCCUUUGCUCACCGCAGUCCUAAACCGACCAGCUCAACCAAUCGUUCAUAACAAUGAGUGAAAUUUGUUGCAGGAAUUCUUCCGCACUCAUUUGGCAAUGAACGCCACGGUGUAAAGUCACGUGAGGUGCACGCGCUCCUCGGAAUCACUGGAAGUGUCGUCUGCUCCGUUCGUGUUUUACAGAUCAUUGCACGAACACGGAUAAAAAAGGAAUCGAAAUCUUCAACUAUUUUGUGACACUCUUUAAAGGGCAAUUUCGCGAUUCGGUUGUAGGAUACGGGGCCAUUAUGAGAUUGAAAACAAACUUAUAAAGGUGUUCCUGCUAGGUAUUGGCAAUUCCAGGAACAUCGAAAAUCGAACAAUGUACAACCACAUCCAUCAAGCAGAAGUAGUCACAGCGACACCGUCAUCAUAGAACAAGGAGCUUAAGUUUAAACAGACAGACAGCUGGAACCAAGGUUAGCCCAAAUACAUCAAACAUGCCAUUAUAAUUACUAUAAAAAUUCGGAUCAAAAGCGCAAAUGGCUCAAAGAUCUGCUUCCAGGUGCACUUCUCGUCUUUAACGACAGCUGAACGAGAUCUACACCUGUGUAAGGACUUUUAAUCCUCAAGCAUCUCCUAUAUCUCACCCAGGAUUCUAGCCUCAUCUUCCAUUCACUGACAGGCUUGCGUGGUCCUGCGAGUUCCUCACAGAUUGGUGACAGGGAGCCUGGCCAUAAGAGUGUUUACCUUGCCGGCAGGUCGGAAGUAUCUUCUCCGUUAGCUACUGAUGUUGUUGGAGCUCCAUGGUGCUUGAAGCUUAACUUCAUCAAUUUCCUGAAUCAAGGCUGCUUGUGUGUGAUCGGAUCCCCGAGUAGAUGCAAAUAUGGACAGACAUGAGGAACGUAACCUUCCAGAUGUCACAUGAUCAGUUCGAUGAGAUAUGAUUGGUCGCCAAAAACGCAAACGUCAACGCCACACAAAGGAAAACGGAAGAUUUGUAAGGGUUCCAUGACGCCAUGCUGUAAAUUAUGGAACCAACUUGCUGAAUAUUGCAUGCUCAGAAAUCAUUGGACUUAUUGCAAGGCAAAAAAGUGAUGAGCGCAAAGACUGACGUCUGCUCCCGGUGCAGCAGACGACAAUAAAAAAACAAAUAGAGUUUUUACGAGGCCAGUGAUAGAUCGAGGCUGGCAAAAGGGAAUUUUAAAUGCAGACUUUAAGACAGACGAAAACUUCAGCUUGUUCACCGAUCUAGAAGUUUUAAUAUUAGCAGGCGGUCUCAUUUCAAAGGAAAGUCACCGUUGAUUUAAAUGUCCAGAUGUAGCAGACAACGAUUUCAAUAAGAAACCAACAUACGCAGCACUAUUUUAUCACAGACCGCACGGUCUACAUUGUCUUUGAAGUUGCUCUUAGCUUCACAGAAGAAGGCAUUUCAAACAGUGAGCAAACAAUAUUCGUUUAACUUUAUCAUUGACGAAAGGUCAAGGGGUUUCUGCAGCAGAUGUCAUUUAAGAAAAGCAAGUGGGGCUGCAAAGGUAACAUGCGUGGAAGAAGCUUGGCAAACUUCAGAUACGUGAUAUAGAGAAGCUCUUAAGAUGCAUAUGGUACAGAAAAGCCUAAAAGCCUUGUAAGUGGAAGCUUAGGAGUUUGAUGCUUUUCAUCCUGUGAUGGUUGAUUUAUGGCUUUCUGAUGGACAUAAACGACUUGUAACUGAUGCAAACACCCAUUGCAAAGUGCCCACGAGACAUCAGGAAUGGGAUUUACGUCAGUUGAAAUAGUUUUAAUGUAAUGAGACCCAUGACAUUAUGGUUUAAGGAGCUUAUGUAAUUUCAAGUUUUAUCGAGCCGAUCAUAUUGCAAAUUGGCCUGUCUCUCAAACAUAACUAUAGAUAUUCUGUAACUGGCACUUUUUCUUGACUUCUCAAUCUGUAAUCGUUAUGAUAGUUGUUAACAGAGGAUACACUUUGGAAUUAUAACCACGCUAUCAUUUAAUUAGAAGGGCGUGUUUACAUUAAUUGUACUUUUUUACAUUACUGUGACCUUAACUGUAUGAGAAAUGGACAUCGCAAAACCUAAUGUCCUGAGAAGCAAUAUCCCCAGCGUCAGAUACGCCCCGAGGAUGAACAGGUGUUGAUUGCAGACGAGGAUCUCAUACAAUUGACGUUUUUUUAUAUAAAAAACUCAUUUAGCCGAGAGUAAUCUGGUAGACGUGGAACCUAAAGGGAGCCAAGUGCUAGGAGACGCAGGAAUUGGGUAAAUCUUGAAAUAUAAUUACAGUAAUUAUAUCGUAUUUCUUCAAGGACAAAUUGACCGUGUAGAGAUAGGACCGUAAAUCAGCUUGACUUGAAUAUUAGUCAAUGAAAUCGUGCCACAGUAUGAUUAACACAGGGAAUGGACAUAAUUCCAUCUUUGGCGUGUGUAUGAUCAAAUGAAAUUGAUUGUUUAAACGACGUCUGUUGUUUUACAUACAGGCACGCAUUGUUGCUGAUCAAGCAUCAUAUUUCAGUCUCAUAGGGGCCUCACCGGCACUGGCUUGUAAUUUUGGUCUCAUUUGGCUUUGUAUGGACUUGGGUUGGACGCUGUGAAAUCUCCGUGGAGCUGGCUGCACGUUGCGGUGGAAAACGCCCAUGUGAGGCUUUAAACCUGAUUACUGUGGCCAAACAUGAUUAUUGGUUUUGCACGAAGCCAUGCGCUUGAUCUUAGACAGAUACAGACGAAUUAAACUACAUUCACUUCCCUGGACAUACAGACGAGACAACGGUACAGCAUCAGUUCCUCAGCAAAACAAAAUGUCUUAAGGGAAUCAUUUUAGUAAAGUUUUGGAGUAUUUUUUUUUAUAGUUUGAAAUAACUGAAAGGCUGAUUGGAGUUCAUGCAUAUGACUAACAUCUGUUGCUGUUCAGGCGCGACAGAAACGUUUUCGUCGUUGUGGCAGUAACUGCUAGUUUGGCAUUUGGGCAUGAUAGGUCCAGAGGGACUUAACUAUAUCGGCUGCAAGCGCUGCUAACUUAAUGAACGCGUGCCUGUGAUGUGACCAUAUCGAUAGAUACAGAGCUAUGGAAUAUAACGUUACUUCAACUGCUUCCAAUUUAACCGACUGGGCUGUGGGAAACAACACGACCACAGGGAUGUCCAAUUCUACAAUUGUGUCGGCUGUGUGGACGUCGGAGAUGUCACAUGCGGCGUCAGAGACGACAUCUGUGGCACCAGAAACAUCAUCUUUUGUGACAGAUGCGUGGACGAACACAGUAACAGACUUGUGGACAAGUGACGUUUCGUCUGAAAGUAUGUCGUCUGCUUUGUCUUCGGACUUGACGUCUGCUAAUUGGAUAAAGGAAACAACGUCUGCCGUGACCAAUUACUUCACUGAAACGUUAACAUACGUUGGCAACGACACAGUUGGUUACAAUCGGACGACACCGCCUGUGAUAGACUUUGUAACAACAGCCACCACUGUUAUCACGUACAUAACAUCACACGAAGCUUACAAGGGAAUACCAAUUGAUGCACUCGUGCUAAAAACAGUCUCACUAGUGCUCAUAGCAUUAUCUGGAGUUGCUGGCAAUGGGUUCAUCAUUUACACAAUUGUCAAAGAAGGUAAUCUCCAUCGUCCGCCAUUUUAUUACCUGCUAAGCCUUUGUGUGUCUGACUUGUCCCGAGCAGUGUUUUGUGUUCCUCUCGUGCUAAUGACGGUUCUGCAAGGGUCUGUUUGGAAAUAUGGAACAUCAGCUUGCAAACUCUUUGCCUUUGCUAACUCCUUCUUCAUCUACAGUUCAUCAGGAGCUAUAUUAGCUAUAUCAAUAGAUCGCCACUUCUCAAUUGUGUAUUCCAAAUUUUACAAACGGAGAUCCAGAGGACUGGUUAACCUUAUUGUGGUUGUUGUUGGCUGGACGAUCGCUUUUGCAAUGUCCUUCCCCCCUGUGGUAGGAAUAGGUACAUACGUCUUCAUUCCAGAGGAAAGCCAGUGCACCUUUCAUCAUCGAUACUACAAGUCAAACGAUACGCUUGGAUUCAUGCUUGUGUUCUCCGUUAUUGUCUUCGUAUCUGUGUUUCUCUACUUGCGGGUGUUCUCCUUUCUGAGGUCUCACAGGAAGAUGCGACCGCUGGAACAUCAGCCUGCUCGGAGUUCCAACUGGACAUUUUUUGGCCCGGGGGCUAAUGGACAAGCACUUGUUAACGUCAUGAAUGGAUUCGGUGCCAAUCCGGCGAUGAACCCGCUACGUAUGCAGGUGCGUCCAAAUUUUGGUAGGGUUGUGAAUUUGCAUAUUGUGAAAAAUGAACACCUCACGAGGUUAUUUUUUGUCGUAACCUGUUCGUUCAGCUCGCUGUGGUUUCCCUAUAUUGUGCUUGCGUUUUGGCGAAUGUUUGGUGACACUGGAACAAUUGGAUCGGUGUUCGUGACCAUUGCUGCUUGGCUAACAUACACCCAGGUGGCGCUGUGCCCUCUUAUGUAUAUUGUGUCACGUGGACCAAUCAGGAAGCAUUCUCGGACAGUGCUUGAUGCAAAUGACAAGAAGGAGUUUCUUUUGGAAACAAGGAACAGGAAAUGAACGAAUCAAUCGUUCUGUGAUAGAUUCAAUAAACGUUAUAUGCUAUUUCAGUAUUUACCAUAUAAACGCAUUUCUUGUAUGAAGAUAUUGAUGAGAAUGUAUAUGUAUGCCAUCCGUGGAAAGUGGAUAGAGAUAAUAUUAUUAUUUUGAUGAUAACGCUUUUUAUCGACUCAAGAGACGCCAAUGCAUUACAAGAAUAUGUUUUACAAAGUAAAGAAAACAAAUUAUAAAGGAUUUUUUUUUAAAUCUUCGGAACGAGUUUCAAUCUCGAUUAGGUAGCAUGUCAUAAUUCCCGAGCUAGUUAUUUUACUCAAUUCUUCAAAUAGAAUUAUUAGAUUUGUUAAUUCUACUCCUAUUGCUGCAAAAACAACAUGAUUUCCAUGACUGUCAUAAUACGGUUUGACAAACGAGCAAGUCAUAUCUGACAACCAAUUUGGACAUCAUGUCUGCUCAACUGAAAUAUUCCAUAAUCCUUUUGAGAUGACUACUCUACGAAAUGUAUCCCAAAACGUUGUUAGUGAACGCACAAUUGCAGACAUCCAACGACCAAAUUUACUUCCAGACCGUGUUCCUUGAAUGCCGCUUUUUUUGUUACAGCUUAUUAUACACUUUUGUUACGUUGUCCUUAUGUCAAUUUGAGUGUGUUUGCUUUAGUGUGAUAAUUCCGGAAAGAGCCAAUGUUUCCGUGUAGAAUUCAGCGUGCCAAACACUGUAAGCUAUAGAAGGUGUUCCAUGGUGUCGAGGGUAUGAAUGUGACAGUGUGUGUUGUACGUCGUGUGACUACUAUGAAUCAUAUUCUUUUAUGCGAUUUAUGUCAAAUGAUUGUGAAAGUUUUAAAGAUGAAUCAUCAAAACUGUAUGUCACUGAAUUAAACUUUUAUGAUUCUGUGAAUCAGA